CCUUUGUAUGCGGCCCACGAUAGAGGGGUUCGAUCAUCUGCGUCUCUAGAAUCUAGAUCUGAACCAAUCUCCACUAGGAGCUUCACCACUCCCACAAAACCAUUCGAGGCGGCUAAUGAUAGUGGAGUACGGCCGAAGGCAUCUCUCGAGCCUAGGUCAAGACCUUUCUCAACCAGAAGUUUGACCACUCGCUCAUGGCCAUUGCAUGCUGCCCACGCUAGUGGGGUUCGACCAUCAUUGUCUCCUGAAUCUGACUUGAUACUCCUCUCCAGCAGGUGUUGA